GCGCCCGCCUCCUCUGCGCCCUCGGUUCCUUCGCCAGCCAGCAGCGCGCACUUUGCCCCGGCUGUGCGUGUGCGGGAAUGUGGCGGCGAUCGCGGAGCGGAGCGCCGGACGCCGCCACCGUGCUCUGAUGGGCGCACACGCUUCGCGCUGCCCGCUCCGUCCCCUUCGCCCGCCUCGCUCGGGGGGCUGCCCGGAGGCGACCGCGCCAUGAAGAAGGAAGUGGCGGCGGCGGCGGCACCAGGGCGCAACGGGGCCAGCUAGAUCUCCUCGGAGAAGAGACGCUUGCUGAUACCAGGCCUCUAGAUCCAUCUAUGUGACUUUGCUGGAGAAACCAUGACUGAAGUCCUCCUGACCGCUGUCCUGAACGGCACUGAAAACCACUCGCUGGCUAGCAGCGGAUGGACGUCGAACAAUGUCACCAGCAAGUGCUUGCUGACCAAAACUGGUUUUCAGUUCUAUUACCUGCCUGCUGUCUACAUCAUAGUCUUCAUCACUGGAUUCCUGGGCAACAGCGUGGCAAUCUGGAUGUUUAUCUUCCACAUGAGGCCUUGGAGCGGCAUCUCGGUUUACAUGUUCAACCUGGCGCUGGCGGACUUCUUGUAUGUCCUGACUCUUCCCGCACUGAUCUUCUAUUACUUCAAUCAAACCGACUGGAUCUUUGGGAACUUCAUGUGCAAGCUGCAGAGGUUCAUCUUCCACGUCAACCUGUAUGGAAGCAUCUUGUUCCUCACUUGCAUCAGCGUGCACAGGUACACAGGCGUGGUCUACCCCUUAAAAUCGCUGGGGCGGCUGAAAAAGAAGAACGCCGUCUACAUCAGCACCUUGGUCUGGGGGGUUGUGGUCACUGGGAUCUCCCCCAUCUUCUUCUACUCUGGAACCGGGGAAAGGAAAGUCAAAACCAUGGCUUGCUACGACACGACGGUAGACGACUACCUACGCAGCUACUUCAUUUACAGCAUGUGCACCACGGUCUUCUUGUUUUGCAUCCCGUUCAUACUGAUCCUGGGUUGCUACGGAUUAAUCGUGAAAGCACUGAUUUACAAAGAUUUAGACAAUUCCCCGCUCAGGAGGAAAUCAAUUUACCUGGUUAUUAUAGUGUUGGCGGUAUUUGCUGUGUCUUAUCUCCCCUUUCACGUGAUGAAAAACUUGAAUCUACGAGCCAGGCUGGAUUUUCAGACUCCAGAAAUGUGUGCCUUUAACGACAGGGUUUAUGCCACUUACCAAGUGACUCGGGGUUUGGCGAGCCUCAACAGCUGCGUGGAUCCUAUUCUGUAUUUCUUGGCAGGAGACACGUUCCGAAGACGGCUGUCGAGAGCAACCAGGAAAGCUUCAAGAAGGAGCGAGCUCAACGUGCAGUCAAAAAAGAUACCAAGGAGGCUGACGGCGUUCUACACAGCUGAUCGAUGAGAAGUAAGCCUGGCGCUUAUUUUAUUAAAGUUGAAUUUUGUUUAAUAAUUAAGUGAGGUUGGAACAUAUUAGAUGAUUUGAAUUUUUUGUUUGGCAUUGACUUCAGGUCCUCCUCCUCCUCCCUUCCUGCAUGUCCCGAUAAGCUUCCUCAUCACAGGAGUUCUGGAUGUAGACGUGUGUUCCUGGGCCGCUCUCUUAAGCACUGCCGAAAGCACAUUGCAAGAAAGGCUAGUAAUGGUCUGUUGGCAAUUAUUUCUUUGCGAUUCUAGCAAGUUGGUCUAGCGGAGCCAAUUGUCUCUCCCCCCCCCCCACUCUUGAAUCUGGGCUUGUUGCAGAGGACCAUCUGGUCAUGAUGCGUUCGUGGGAAACUGCUGGGCAUGGUGGCUCCCAAACUAGGACAAUCUGGUAGCGUUCGCCCAUCACCAUAUGCAGGAUCCAAGGUUUCGGCAUGUGUUGGGAAACAAAUGCACUGGAAACCUAGCUCCUUUGUGUGAUGUUGGAUGUGGCAGCCAGCUUGGCGCAGGCUGGGCUUCUCUCGUGCAGGCUUCUGAGAUGGUUUGACCAUGGCCGCAUGGGCUUGAACGUUCUUUGAAUAGAUCUUCACUGUUACCAUAUACCAUAUAGGGAGGGUUCGUCUGUGCAUAGAGAAGAUGAUUACUGAAAAUGUGAAGCCCCACCCCAAUAAUAAUUAGAAGUUUGAGAGAGAUUAGAUUGUAAGAAUUAGUGCUGUGUUGUUUUCACGGUCCUGUUCCCUGAAAGGUUAACAAAUCUAUAAACAUAGUAGAUGUACAGUACCAACAGCCCCAUGGUUACACAGAACUUGCAACUCCUACUCAGCAGUUUAGUACACAUCUAAUGGGCACAUCAGAACACUGUUAGGUUUGGGGGUUGGUGCAAAUUCUCCAAUAAUUUAACCUAUCUAGUUGGCAGUACCUGUAUUUUUGUCAACAUGAAGAAGUGCAUUUGGAUUUCUCCCUUUUUAACAUACAGCACUUUGCGCGACAAUAGCAGUUUUUCUGGCCUUUAUUGCCCCUUUCUUCUUCUUCUUCUUCUUAGGAAAAAGAAACUGUCAUUCAUUUUCACAGGUGGGGGGCGGGGAGAGGAGUGCCUCAUCUAAAUGUAUAAAAGAUUUACAUCAGAUUCAGAAAGGCCUGGUUGAAUGAUGUGCUUCCCUACCUUCUCCCAAUGCCUGGCAGUGAUCUGACAUGGCUUCAUCACCACCACCACCACCACCACCACCACUCAAAGAUUUCCACAUGUGCACAUGACAUUUGGAUUUAGGAACUGAGAGAAAGCAGAGUUUGUCCAAGCUCAAGCUCAGUAUUGUCAACACUGCUCAGCUGUGGCUCUCUAGGUUUUCAGGCAGGAUCCAAUCCUACUUGGAAAUGCUGGGGACUGAACCCAGAAUCUUCUGCAUGCUCUACCCCUUUCCCAACACAAUCUUAUUGAAUUCUCCAUUUCCAGCUUCCUUGGGUUUUUAGGGAAAUACUGUUCUCUACAGCUCUUUUCAAGCAUUCAGAAGCAGGCUGCGAUAACCGUGCACUAGAAAGGCGUGCUUUGGCUAAGAGAAAGGCAGUGGGGAAGAUAACCUGAAAUAGGCCAAAAACAAUGUAACAUGCAAGCUGCCAACUGAUGCAGGAAUCUCAGUCCCCGACAGAUUCAAAACACAAAACAGUUUGGAUUGAAAAUAAAGCCUUAUUUGCUUCAUUUAAUCUACCAAAAUGUAUCUGAAAAAAUGUUCUGCUGUAGCAAGCAGUGCUUUGAAUUAUUACAAAAUUCUUUCUGUAUAAAAUAAAGAGGAUACAUAAUCUCAUAAAUGGCUUGAACAAAUCCUUCCAAAAAGUCUGCGGUUUACAGGAGAGGUAAAAAUAAACUAUUUACAUCUUGCUUAUUAAUUUACAAAGGCUGAGGAUGAGCAGAAAGGGAAUUGUUCUGAAUAAUGGCAGAGUUACAAAUCAGCUUAAAUUCAUAAAUGAAAAAUCUACUGAACCUGCAAAAUCUAUUUAUUUAACUUAUUUCUCGAGGAAGGCAAUGGCAAGCAAAGAGAGCUAUCUCGUGUGUUCACAAUGCUCCUUGAUUCUACACUUAAACUCUGAAUUGGGCAUUGUUGAGUGAAGGGAUAAUGAGAUGCAUCAUUAAGACUGUGGUGCUGAGCUCAAUUACUUGGGAGUAAGCUCCCUUGGACCCAAUGAGGCUUACUGCUAAGUAAAUAUGCAUAGGCUUCCACUGCAACCUCUCUCGUCUUGUUUUAUAAGAAACUAUAAAUUAGAACAAGGCUUCUGUUCAAAUGUUGACAUGUAUGCACAUCAAGCUCUUGCUUAACAAGCAAUCUGAAUAAAAUGUAAAAAGCCAAGAAAAUUUAGAACCGUGGUAAAUAAGUGGCAGCCUUCUUUUUAAUUAAUUAAGCUCUUGUGAUUAGCUGUUUAGGUUAAGGUUUGGUGAGAGUGUCGGGAAACAUGGAAAACCUUUCCCUGCAUCACCGAGAAGCAUGUAACAUUAAACAUUUCCCUUAAACCAAAUUGAACUGAGGCAUGCCUUGCUGGGCAUAGCAAUUGAAUUAAGGGCACAAUGGUGGAAUGAAAUGAUUUUCUUUUGCUACAUUUUUACAUUCAGCUAUCUUUCACAUACUUCUGUACUUUUCUGUUCAUUGCCGUGCUCCAUACAAUUAGUCAAUGGAUGUUGGGGUGUAACAUUCUCAUAAUCUGCUCAUCCUCCCCCUCCCCAAAUACUGCAAAAUCUUUGUGUGUUUGCGUGCAGCAUCCUAGUUUCUAAAGCACAGCUGUUCACUAUUUAUACAUUAUAGCCCCGAUCCAGCAAGAGAGACUCUCAUGUGGAAGCAGGUUUCCAUUUCUGGAUCCUCUUUUAGACCAAGUCCUUCAUGGGUCACAAGACCUGCAUGGAUACUUGCAGGACCGUUGAAGCCAACACCAAGCUUGCCAUCCUCUAAAAGCACCAAUCAUCUGUUUUGGGUGACAGGGAUGAAUCUGGGUCCCCCUAUCAAAUUUAAGCUAUCAAGACCACUGCCACCACCUGUGCAGGUUCAUCCUGGGAAAUUGUCACGCCCAGCAGCCUCAUGCUGAACUUGAUGGUCUCUCAGUUGGGGCUACUGUCCUGAAGAGCUACAACCCCAGAGGAUCAACUGCAUCUUGAUGGCAUGGCCUAUUCUGAAGCUCUGUUUUCAUAUGGUAACAAAAAGUUGUUUUUUAAAAGUCAAGAUACAGGUCUUUGGAAAUACAAUAUGCCGCACCUGUCUAGAAAUAUCUGCAUACACAGGAGGGCUUUUUUUUAACCUUCUUUUUUUCAAAAGCCCCUCUCACCUGUGCCAUAUUAGAAGUCGGUUUCUGAAAUCCCACUGAGUUUCAGAAAGAGCUUCUGAAACCAUGGAGGGCAUUAAAAAAAUAAAUCAAAAUCCCUUCUGAGCACCAGUCAGGCAGAUCCUAAGAUCCUACCUGGAGAUGCUACAAAGAAGGUCAGAAUUAAGACUUCAUAUUCUCCCAUGUAACAUUAUCUCUGUAAUAAAACAAUUUCAGGAUCCAGGUGCCAGCAAUCAGAUGCACAAUAUUUUAUUUUGACUAUUUAUUCCUCCUGCAGUUCUUUCUGACAUCACAAAGUGCUUUAUGAUCCUGACCUCGCUUCUCUCCCCAACUGUCUUUCAAGGUAAUUUGGGUUGAGGGACAGAGACACUCCCCUCCCUCGAGGCCACAAAGUGAAAAGGACAGCUGUGGAGUGAUGCAACCAAUGUGGGGCUCUGGUACCUCAACCCCAAAUGGUUCUUCUAGGCCCUAGGGUAUCAAAUGACAUCCAAAGUACCUAUGUUUUGCCCACAUCUCAUGUUAGUUAUUAGCCCUUUCUGUUAUUACUGCUUUGAAAGGUCAUAGAAUUGGAGAAUUGGAAGGAACCAAGAGCGUCAUCCUGUCCCCUCCAAUGCAAUGCAGGUAUAUUUUGGCCUAAUGUGUUUGCCUUUUCCCAGUGAGUGCAGCUGACCAGCAGGAAGAAGCAGCGACUGCUCCUUUUCCCUAAUCUGCUGUUGCUGCUUAUUCACUCAGAGGCAGUGGAGGCUGGUGCUCAUUGGGGCCUGGUAGGGUGGACAGUAGGGAGGCCAACAGUAGGUGGCACCAGAGCAAACAGCUGGUAGAGCCACAGCCAAUGAUAGGCAGAGGCAGAGCCGACUCGUUCCAGGUUUUGCCCCAUUUCCCCAACUAAGUUCUCCCAAGUAAGGCAACACAUCCUUUAGAGCAAUGGGGGGAUCUGUGGCCCCCCAGAUCUUGCUGGACUCCCAGCCCCAUCAUCCAUACGCCUUGUUUAUGUUCAUUGGGGGGGGCGAGUUGGAGUCCAACACUGCCUGCAGAAUCAUAGGUUCCCUACCCGUGCUUGCAAGACUGGCCACAUGAGGAAAGCAGGAUUUUCAUUGUCCUGAUUUUUGAGGACUUUCCUGCACCACAGACUGAAGCUCUGCCCAUGCAUUCAGAAGACCAUGUGCGGGUAAGCAUGAAGUGUGUUGGAGGAGAGGACAAUCAUGUGUUUACCCACUUUGUGCCUUCCCUGCCUGCCCCAGCCCAACAUUCCUGCAUUGAACAGCGAAAUCCGAAGGGGCUGUCUAUUGUGCAUUUGGGUGGAGACACCUCCCUGCAUUAUCAAAGUUCCCAGCUUCAAACCGCUUCUAAGGAUGCUCACCUGCGCAGCACCCUCCAGUCAUUCCUGCUCGGCAUGUGGGCAAGGCAGCAGGUGUACCCAGCCCAUAAGGGGACAUAUGGGGUGAGACUAGAGCAUGCCUGCUCCCCCUUCACCCCCUUGAUGCCUACCUGCCUUCUUGAAUGCAUGAGGAAGGUUUGUGCUCACUGAAUCAUCAUUGCCUCCCUCAAGGGAACCCUGAGUCUCCAACUGCAACUUCUCAGCUAACCAAAUGACACUCCCCAAGACUCUGGGAAAGUUUUUGGUGUAGAUAUAUACCUCUAACGGAAAGCCUUGAUUUUGCAAGGCUGUCUUUCAGAAGCACCUUUUCUGUUGUGCAUAAUUUCCAAAAUAGAAAAUACUCGAGGCAACCCUUAGAAGUCAAGAGGUGUAAAUGUUCUGAAAGGAAGAAGCGGACAAUUGUGACUUAUAUAAAAGCGUAUCCCACAGAGCCCUGUGGAACACUUGUUAUGCUUCCGUGCUGCUUGGAGAAUAGGAGAAAGAAAUUUAUACAUUUAUGAGAAAUUCAAGUACUGAGGAUGAACUGGUGAUUACUUGAGAAAGUUCAACAGUCUGAAACUCAUGUGCCUUUUUUGCAUUUAAAAUGUAAUUAGUUGGAAUGCAAAGCCAGACGAAAAGUACAGGGUGAGAGCUUCAGUGUUUGCAGAUUUCCUGGAUGUGCUUGGUUUUCAACUGGUAGAUGAAACGAGCAUUUGGAUUUAUUCCAUGAAUAUGGAAAAGCUCUUUGCUACGGCAGGAACACCACAACAUCAAAGGUAGUUAAUUUCACAGAUUUAUUUUAACUCUUUGAAUGUUGUCCACAAAGCACAAAAGAAAGCAGUUAGAUAAACCACGUCACAUGGGGUACUCAGCAUGAUAUCUACUUAAUUUCAGGCAAGGCUCUCUUGUGUAUCAGAAUCUGGGUUUGGGAUUUAUUGUGUCCUGUGACUCUACACACAGCCCCUCACCUCUUUACUGAAUGUGUGAGAAGAGGAGUGGUAUCAUGCUCACUGGCCCACUUUGGAAGGCAAAGGAUGAAAGCCCCCUUCAACCACACAUUCAGGUUAUGAUCUGGAUUCAAGCACAGCUUGACACGGGAGGGAAACACCUAUCACGUGAAGAUUGGCCCUUAGAUUAACCUGCAUUAUUUAUUUCGGGUGGGGAGAAUAUUGUUUCACUAGAUUUUGAGGACCAACUAAGGAGCAGUGCUCUUGUAAGGGACCACAAUCUCUUAACAUUGCCUGGAAGAUUUGUAAGCAUCCUGGUUGAACAGGCAACCUGUUCAGUCUUACCUGUGGUUUAAUGUUGGUGCUGACAUACCCCCUUAAUGGUGGGGGUUUGUUCUUGGGUGAUGAGCAGUGAUGUGGAGUGGAACAUUUCCUAUCUCUUUAUUUUUCCAUGGUAAAAAAGAGCCCUAAGUUUAGUAACUAUUGAUGAACGUCAACUAUAUUAGGAAAACUGAGCAGAUUUGAACUUUUAAGCUUUAUUUACUAAAUGCAAAAGCAUGCUAAAUUAGAUCGUUCUUUAGGGUAGGGGUUAAGAACAUUUUUAGCACAACAGGCCUGAUAAUUAUCUCCUCCGUACCUCAUGGACCAGGUUUGGCAGGUGGGCAGAGCCACGCACCUCUCAAUCACCUGACAUCACCAGUGAAAUGGACUUUGCAGACAUGGCAGGUACACUGAUUGGCAGUGCCUGAAAACACCCUUUUGGUUGAGCCAAGUUUUUUUCCUACCCUACACCUGGCUUCUCAUAUGACAUCAGGUUUAAGACGGGGGGGGGGGGGCUUGGCUGAAAUGGUCUUGCAGGGCUGAUAGGCCUAAUUAAACCCAUGGCCAGAGGUUCCCGACCCUUGCUCUAGAGAGGAUGGGAAAAAACUCUAAUGAAAAUAUUCAAAGUUUUCCAGAAAACCCACAAAAGUGGUAGAGAGUGGGGGGAGGCAAGAAGCCUCUCCACAUUGCAUGUGUGCCUGCACUAAUUAAAACUGUGGGUUGUUGUUGUUGUUGUUGUUGUUGUUGUUGUGUGUGUGUGUGGAGUGAAUGUUGUUACCCUUUUGAGAUUCUGCAGGAUUCCAUAAGAGAUUUAUUACAUCCUAGUGAUAUUUAGCUUGGUAUUAUAGUUAGCUGUGCCAAUGGGGAUAGAGAAGUGUGUUUUGCCCUGCCUGACCACAGUGCGGUGUGCAGACUGUUGAAUCUGAGCGAGACCCAAAUUCAAAUCCCUCUCCAGUCACUGGGUGGCCUGAAACCUCCCUUCUCCUACUAUUCCACCCCACAGGCUUGUGGGUAAGGACAAAGAGAGGCUAUCAUUGUAAAGCACUUCAGACAUUGAAGGAACUGCGUGGACUGCAUGUUUUCCAAUAAAAGCAAUUGAAUUCAGACAUAGUCUGUUCUCAGAUUAGUGCCUUGAGUGGAGCUUUAUAGUAGAGCAAUACCCUACCCUCCUCAGACUACAUUCUGCUUUCCAAUAUCUUGGCAUCCAGACAUUUUUACUCCUCAGUGAGCAAAGUAUAUGAAACCUCAUUUGUUUGCCUUAGCCUCGGAGAUAUGGAAAAGAGCUGUAGCAAUAUGACUGCCUUUGCGUUCACAAAACAGGUUACACAUCCGUGUCCCUUUAAGCCAGAUGGCAUCAUCUUGUCUACUGUAGAGAUAGGAAGCCGAAGUGAAGUUUAAUUGCCCAGGGAUGUUCAGUUAGGCAGCAAUAAAACUGGAAAACAGAGUUGCUCAAUUCUCUAGAGCAUGCUGCCUCAUGUGUAAAAGCAUUUGGGGGAGGUGAGUUUCCCAUGCAUAAAUAAAGAGCACAAUUUAGCUGUCCAAACAAAAGGUGUGUGGAAGACACAAAAAUGCCAUAAACCUACAGCACAGUGGCUUGGCUGGAAGUAUUUCAUUGCUCUUACCUUCGUUAUAUUCAAAUUUAACUUCCUCACCAUAAUCCAGAAACUGUGGGGUUUCACAUUUAAAUGGUUUCCUUUGCUAUUGGUACACAGGCAUAGCCAGUUCAUAGGAACGCUGCCUGUAUGCUUUUAAUCACCAGUGACCAUUUAGUUUCUCAGACUGUAUCUGUUAAGAAAUAUAAUGUCCAGGGUGUAUUUUUUUUUAAUCAGCAUCACCAUUUCAAACAAAUAUGAAGGAAGAAGAAAAAAAGAGAGUGUGAUUUAUGUGCUAAAUGUUUUGCAAAUUUGGACUUUAUAGUGUGUUUCAAGUGCAUAUGUGAAAAAUGUUUUAUUUUUCUACCAUUCUGUAAUAUUGUUGAGUAACUCAAGGUUUAUUUGUGGAUUAACAGUGCCAUUUGGUUUGAUUUGCCUACAGAGACAGUGUUACUUGAUAUUUAAGCUCCUCAGGUUCUGUUGUGGAUUGAAACUAGUAGUCGUUUAGGGGGGAAACAACAACUAACUGUGCAUAACUCUCAUGAAUAAAGAAAAAAAACACCAGAUUGUCCGAUUUUUAUUUUGUAUAAAGCACUGUGUUGGUUGCAUGCAGUUUUUGUAUAAGGCAUGCCGAUAGCAUCUUGUAACUUUUUAGUGACAGUAGAACUGCACUGCCUCCACAAGUCACUAGUAUUGUACUGAGCUACUUCAAGAGUAAAAUAAAAUGAAAUAAAUCAAAUAAAGUGACGGUACACUGAUUUGUUGGCUGCUGUCUUAUUACAACCAACUCGAGACCAGGGAUAUUUGCAAGUUCCAGUUUAGAAGGUAUGGGUGCUAAAACAGAAGGAAUCGGAAAGCUUCUGAACAGUAUUGAUUUGAGACCCCUUCUUUUCAGACAAGUGAAUCAGUCACUCGGCAAGGCUAUCAAUUAUGGCUUGUAACUCAAGGGCUGCUGCUGACCUGACCUAUUUCUUUAAGGGGGUAAAAGUACUAUCUAUAGAAGUCAACAUUUUAUACGUGCCAUGCUGGCAGAGCUCAGAUAGUACCGUAGCUUAGGGGUGUUUUCACACAAUUCCUCCCUCCCAUGAUGAAUGCUGAGAUGGGUGCCCUUCACACAGACUCUGGAGGGAAAGGUUUUCUCCUAUUGCUAUGCAAAAACUAUAGCCCAAGGAAGAUGAUAUUCAUAUGGGUCCCUGUACAUCGUAAAUAACAUACGUAUUAAACUACUGUGAAUAGUAGCCUGCUUUAAAAGAUCUGUUCUUUUUGUUAACCUGCAUGCUAAGGGGUGUAGAUUCAUUUUUAAAAAAUAAACAAAUGAGGCUUCAUUCCUCCACUUGUUUUAAUAAUAAAAAUGAAUGGGAUUUUAAAAUAUAUUUUUAGCAAACAGAAGCAAAAUGAAAAUGAUUCAUUUGCAACUGCUCUGCAUUGGAGACAUUGCCUUAAAGCAGGCACCCCCAAACUUUGACCCUCCAGAUGUUUUGGACUACAAUUCCCAUCAUCCCUGACCACUGGUCCUGUUAGCUAGGGAUCAUGGGAGUUGUAGGCCAAAACAUCUGGAGGGCCACAGUUUGGGGGUGCCUGCCUUAAAGAAACAGACCUAUGUACAGGUUACACACAGGUCACUGGGAGAAAGUGGUAGGGCAGUGAAAUCGACAGACAGGAAAACUCCAUUUAAUGUUGAUAGCGGUUUGGCUAUGCCCAUGCAAUUCUUUUAACUUCCUAUAAAAUGGGGAACAUUUGUCCUGUAAAUCUGAAAUCUGACCUGUCUGAUAUCCUGCGUAGUUGAAUAUUUUGUGCCAUUAGGAUGGAAGACGCAAAGUUACAGGAAGCAAAGACGGAGUAUCCUAUAUAGUUCAUAGCUGGUGCUCUUUGUUUGUGUUUGUUUGUGUAUUAGAAUGCCUGUAAAUACUGUGCCAAACACACCUAAGUAAUGUGCAGGAAAACGCUGCUGAGUUUCCCACUGAAGGUUGCGGGAUCUUCAUGCAUCUUAAACUGCCUAUAAAAUGAGGAGUCUUUCUCCUAUCUGUCUGAAAUUUGACAUGUCUGGUGCCCCGAGGAAUAGAAUGCCUGCAGUUUUGAUCCCAUUUGGAUGGAAAACACCAAAGUUAUAAGCAGCAGGAAAGUGUUUGGGCUUUCCUGAAUUCCUUGGGGAAAUAAAUGAACAAGUGCAAUACAAACAAAUGGUAAGCAAAACAGAAAUGGAAAGAAACCCACAAAACCUAUUUUCCCAUUGCACACCAAUAGCUUUAAAAGGUAAAGGGACCCCUGAUCAUUCAGCUUUAGCUGCUGCUUUUGCUGUUGUUGUUGUUUAGUUGUGUCCAACCCCAUGGACCAGAGCUUUACGCACAAAUAGGCAACAUAAUCCAGAUUCUUCUGGAUGGGCCCUCCAAUUUACAUGCUGCUGGUUGUGGACACUUGUAAGAUUAUACAAUUGCCCAAUAUGUCUUCAGUGAAUCCGAAGGCCUGCUUCCCGCGUGAUGCUAUUUACCAGCAACUCUAGAUUUCUCCAAGGCAAGCCGGUGACCCAUCAGUGGUUACUGAUGUUAUUGACAGCCCUUGCUCAGUGCUUUCAGUUGCAAUAUCCACACAAUGCCUCAUAAGAUCCUGUUGCAAAUUGGCUCUUGACGUUUUGAGAACAAGCAGAGCCACCCACCCACCAUCUGGUCACAGACUUAUUCUAUAUUCAGUGAUUCACACAUCAUUGAAUAGGCUUAACAUUUGGAACACACACACACAGGCUCAGAGAGAGAACUGGCCACGUAAUGCUGCCGCAGAAGAAUUAUACACCGGCUACGUUUAUGGAUGGGACCACAAGCCCCUUCCUUACCAACUUGCCCUUUGAGUGGUUAAUUUGGGGAGGUUUUUUGGGGGGGGGAGCCUGUGUGUGUGGAGCUAGAGCCAGCAAUGAGUGGAACCAGAACCACAUUUUUCUGCCCCCCCGUCUUUGCCGACCUUUUAAGCCCUAAGCGGCCUCAUCCCAGUAUACCCAAAGGACUGUCUCCACCCCCAUUGUUCUGCCUGGACACUGAGGUCCACCGCCGAGGGCCUUCUGGAGGUUCCCUCACUGCAAGAAGUGAAGUUACAGAGAACCAGGCAGAGGGCCUUCUAGGUAAUGGUGCCCUCCCAUCAGAUGUCAAGGAAAUGAACAACUAUCUGACUUUUAGAAGACAUCUGAAGACAGCUCU